GUGGAGACAGUACCACAUGUGACAUUACACAGAGGUUCCAAACGGAAGUGUGUUGUACCGAAAAUGUGGCGCGAGACAUAGCCAAUGUUGUGUGUACAUACACGUUCUUUUAAAGUAAAAACUUAAUCUAAAACAGUUCCAUCCACUGCAUUUAUUAUACAAUUUGGGAACUACGUUGUUGUAUGAGACGGGCGGCAUAGGAACCGGCGUUCAUCAAGGCAAAUAUGCCCCGUAGACGACAGAGUGUGCAUUUGGGGAGCGGCUCUGAUGGGACUGAAGAUUCAGACUCAUCUGCAGAGAGAGAACAGACAAACAGCUCAGAGAGUGAUGGAAACAUACCCAAGAGAACACGCCUCACAAGAGCAUCUCUACGCCUCAGCCAAAGCUCACAAGACACACCAGAUGUGAAGCGAGUCGGCGACCAUGACGAGUCUCCGCCGUUGACGCCCACAGGCAACGCCCCAUCAUCUGAGUCUGAGCUGGACAUCUCCAGCCCCAACGCCUCCCACGACGAGAGUGUGACCAAAGACCCCGCCCUUAGAGACUCAGACAAGGACCUCUCCCACCGGCCCAAGCGCCGCCGCUGCCAUGAGACCUACAAUUUUAACAUGAAGUGUCCCACACCGGGAUGCAACUCACUGGGACAUCUAACAGGAAAACAUGAACGCCAUUUUGCGGUUUCAGGAUGUCCUCUUUACCAUAACCUGUCUGCUGAUGAAUGCAAGGUGAAAGCAUCCACUCGCGAGAAACACGAAGAAGAAUCAAAGGUGCAGGAGGAAAGCAACAGACACGCUACACGACAUCAGAUGCCCACAUCAAAACAGACGAGAUACAAAGAGCAGGUGACGGAGAUGAGAAAGGGGAGGAAUUCUGGGCUUCCCAAGGAGCAGAAGGAGAAGUACAUGGAGCAUCGACAGAGCCACGGCAACACCAGAGAACCUCUUCUGGAGAACAUCACUAGUGAAUAUGACCUGGAGCUUUUCAGAAAAGCCCAGGCACGCGCAUCUGAAGAUCUGAAAACGCCACAGGAGAAGCUGCGGAUCCAGGGACAGAUCACGGAGGGCAGCAACAUGAUCAAGACCAUCCUGUUCGGCCGCUACGAGCUGGACACCUGGUACCACUCGCCCUACCCCGAGGAGUACGCCCGCCUGGGACGUCUCUACGUCUGCGAGUUCUGCCUCAAGUACAUGAAGAGCCAGACCAUUCUGAGACGACACAUGGCUAAGUGUGUGUGGAAGCAUCCGCCCGGCGAUGAGGUCUACAGGAAGGGAGCCAUCUCUGUCUUUGAGGUGGACGGCAAGAAGAACAAGAUCUACUGCCAGAACCUGUGUCUACUCGCUAAGCUCUUCCUGGAUCACAAGACGCUGUACUACGACGUGGAACCCUUUCUGUUCUACGUUAUGACUGAGGCAGACAACACAGGCUGCCAUCUUGUGGGAUACUUCUCUAAGGAGAAGAACUCUUUCCUCAACUACAACGUCUCCUGCAUCCUGACAAUGCCCCAGUACAUGAGGCAAGGCUUUGGGAAGAUGCUGAUUGACUUCAGCUACCUGCUGUCCAAGGUGGAGGAGAAGGUGGGCUCCCCAGAGCGGCCCCUCUCGGACCUGGGCCUCAUCAGCUACCGUAGCUACUGGAAAGAGGUGCUGCUGCGUUACAUGUACAACUUCCAGGGCAAAGAGAUCUCCAUCAAAGAGAUCAGCCAGGAGACCGCGGUGAACCCAGUGGACAUUGUCAGCACCCUGCAGUCCCUGCAGAUGCUUAAGUACUGGAAGGGAAAGCACCUCGUCUUGAAGAGACAGGACCUGAUCGAUGAGUGGAAAGCUAAGGAGACCAAAAGAGGCAGCAACAACAAAACCAUCGACCCCAGCUCACUUAAAUGGACCCCGCCCAAAGGGACAUAGGCUAUAGGCUCACCAGUGAGCCACUUAAUAAACUUGACUUUCUUCUACCACACCUGCCGGGAUAGGAGUCCUAUCAAUACCACAGUGAUCUUUCUUCUACCACACCUGCCGGGAUAGGAGUCCUAUCAAUACCACAGUGAUCUUUCUUCUAUCACACCUGCCGGGAUAGGAGUCCUUUCAAUAUCACAGUGAUCUUUAUUCUACCACACCUGCCGGGAUAGGAGUCCUUUCAAUAUCACAGUGAUCUUUAUUCUACCACACCUGCCGGGAUAGGAGUCCCAUCAAUACCACAGUGAUCUUCUAUCCCUAAACACACCCUGUAGCUGUCCCUUACUUGUUCUUUUUUGUGUCUGGAGGAACUCUCUUCCCUUUUUACAUUUCGACUUGUAUUUAUAUUUUAGUAAUAUGUCACCAUGUAACCAUUCAAUCAAUUCUUGGCUGAAAUAUUGUUAAACAAUGAAGGUUACAGAAUUUGAGUUGAUGACUUGUUUUAAAAGAUCCACUUAAAGAUGAGCUAUGAAUGUAGGUACAUCUCGUCUGAGCUCUGACACUAGUGGAUCACAUGAGUGUUUUUGCUGCUUUGUCCACAAAAAAAUAUAGAACUGACCGGCUGCAGCAUUCCUGGCUAUUUUAUUUCAUUCAACACAGUUGCGGUUGUUUGCAGAGACAAGUACAUUUUGGGGGGGAUGGAAUAUUCAAUAAUCAUCAGCAUGAACUUUGAUACGUUAGAUAUAGCAUUUUGUUUCUUACAAGUAUGAGAUACAGUUUUGUUUUGUAUGGUAGUCCUUUUUGAGUCUAUAUCAAAAUUGUAUAGGUCAUGAAAACAAAUCUUUUUUUUUCUAGCUUUAGUAAUAUUGGAGUUGGUCCCAUUCCUCUUGUGAAUCUGCCAAAUGAAGAAAUAAAAAAUAUUACAUACAAGUUAAAA